GCCACCAUCCUCGCCACCAACUCCCCCUGAAACACGGCUCCAGAUCCGGCGGCCGGUGGCGUCCUCCCCGCGCGCCCACCCAUCCCAACCAACGGCGCUGAUCCCCUCCGCCAUCUCCGUCCAUCUUCCCAUGUCCGUCUGACCGUCUCCAUCGCCACCAAGAGCGGCAUGUCGGAGGCGGAGGGCGCGCCGGAGGCCGGUGGCGGCGGCAGCUUCGGAGGCAAGGAGCAGGACCGGUUCCUGCCGAUCGCCAACAUCAGCCGCAUCAUGCGCCGCGGGGUGCCGGACAACGGCAAGAUCGCCAAGGACGCCAAGGAGUCCGUCCAGGAGUGCGUCUCCGAGUUCAUCAGCUUCAUCACCAGCGAAGCUAGUGACAAGUGCAUGAAGGAGAAGCGCAAGACCAUUAACGGCGACGAUCUGAUAUGGUCCUUGGGCACGCUCGGCUUCGAGGAAUACGUCGAGCCCCUCAAGCACUACCUCAAGCUCUACCGGGAGACUGAGGGUGACACAAAGGGUUCAAAAUCUUCUGAUCAAGCAGGAAAGAAAGAGAUUUUACUCAGUGUUGAACCUGGAUCAUCGUUUGAUGGCCUGUAGGAUGGAGGGCGAUAGUGAGUGGGCAGCGAAGUGCUGUUUGGUCGAUCAUAUGCCAUAGUUGCUAGAUGGCACAUAGGAUAGAGAUCUGAUGUUACUGUGAAAGCCCUCAUCAUUACUACCAUCACUGCUCUCUGAGGAAGCCGCUCCAAAAACCUGUAUUUGCGGAUGUUUGGUCCUCAUAAAAUUAUCCUCUUCUUUUAGUCGGGAGUCGUGGAGUACAAACCUUACUUCUUAGGUCAUAGUUCAAUCAUAGUGAGCUGUAUGAAAUGAUGAAUCUGUCCAAUCAUGAAUGAAAUCGGAGAUAGCUUGCACAUAUCCUGCUUGCUUCUCCUUUUGAUCCGUGGA